CUGUAGUGUUUUUUUUUCAGGGCAGCUCAUGGCCGACUUCUAAAUUUGUUGUGUUUAAAAAAAGAUUAAAUUAAAGAUUAAAUUAAAAAUUCAAAUUCGACACUCUUUAUCUAAAUUUUGUAGUGUAAAAUAUCAAGACUUUAAUUUAGAAAUAUAUCGUCACAAAAUGCGCGAGUGUAUAUCGAUUCAUGUGGGUCAGGCGGGCGUUCAGAUGGGCAAUUCCUGCUGGGAGCUGUAUUGCCUGGAACAUGGAAUUCAGCCAGACGGAACCAUGCCGUCUGACAAGGUUUCCGGUUCCAAUGACUGUUUCAACACCUUCUUCAACGAGACGAAUCCCGGUAAAAUGGUACCGCGCGCUGUGAUGGUUGAUCUGGAGCCGACGGUCGUCGAUGAAGUUCGAUUGGGAACAUAUAAACGACUAUAUCAUCCGGAGCAAUUAAUUACUGGCAAAGAAGACGCUGCCAAUAAUUAUGCCCGCGGUCAUUAUUCCAUCGGAAGCGAGAUCAUCGAGUAUGUGAUGGACAGAGUACGUCGACUGACGGAUCAGUGUAUCGGUCUUCAGGGCUUCUUUGUCUUCCAUUCGUUCGGAGGUGGUACGGGAUCGGGAUUCACGUCUUUGCUUAUGGAAAGAUUAUCUGACGAUUACGGCAAGAAGAGCAAAUUGGAAUUUGUCAUAUAUCCAGCGCCACAAGUAUCUACUGCCGUGGUGGAGCCUUACAACGCGGUAUUAACGACGCAUACGACAAUCAGCCACUCCGAUUGCGCCUUCAUGGUGGACAAUGAAGCGAUCUAUGACAUUUGUCGACGCAAGCUCAGCAUUGAGCGGCCCUUGUACGCAAAUUUAAAUCGUCUGAUCAGCCAAGUGGUAUCGUCGAUCACCGCGUCUUUGAGAUUCGAUGGCGCCUUAAACGUCGACCUGACCGAGUUCCAGACAAAUCUGGUACCUUAUCCCCGCAUACAUUUCCCACUGGCGACCUACGCCCCAGUAGUAUCCUCCGAGAAAGCUUAUCACGAAGGCAUGUCGGUCGCGGAGAUCACCUCCGAAUGUUUCGAGCCCUCCAAUCAGAUGGUCAAGUGCGAUCCGCGCGAGGGCAAAUAUAUGGCCUGUUGCCUCUUGUAUCGCGGCGACGUAGUGCCCAAAGAUGUCAACGCCGCGAUCGCGGCUAUGAAGGGCAAAAGCUGUAUUCGAUUUGUCGACUGGUGUCCGACGGGUUUCAAAGUUGGGAUCAAUUAUCAACCGCCCACCGCCGUCCCAGGCGGCGAUCUCGCCAAAGUCCAACGAGCUGUCUCCAUGUUAUCUAACACAACCGCGAUAGAAGAAGCGUGGGCUAAGCUCAAUCACAAGUUCGAUCUGAUGUAUAAUAAACGCGCUUUCGUUCAUUGGUACAUAGGAGAAGGUAUGGAGGAACUCGAGUUCGCGGAGGCGCGCGAGGAUCUCGCGGCACUCGAGAGAGAUUAUGAAGAAGUUGCCCUCGAAUCGCCAUCUACUCCGGAUGUAUCGUCAUUCUAACGUGCUUUUGAAGGAUCUUUCAACAAGCCGGUAUUCAUUUUCGUUGCCCGAAGUGAAAAUUACAAGAAAAAUGUCGCAUCGCAAACACACAACUUUUGUGAAAAUCUUUUAUGUUUAUAUAUUCCUAUGUAAAUUGUUACCAUGUACUCUUAUUUUGAUAAGAAUAUAUUUUUUGUGGGAAU